AUUGAGCAUGGUUAGCGGUAAUUUGGGCUACUACACAUGAUGACCGUCCUCAUCCUCAUCCUUGCUGAGCAUGGCGGAGUUAGAUGGUGUGGAGUUCUGUGCGAAUCGAGCUCAAAGCAGCAUGGCUAACAACAAGAACAGCACACUCCGUUGUACUUUCUCGGCCCCCAGCCACAGCAACACUCUCCUGAGGGGACUGUCUGUGUUACGCGAUCAAGGUCAGUUGCUGGAUGUGGUUCUGGUCAUUGACAACGAGCGCUUUGAGGUUCACAAAGCAGUUUUGGCCUCCUGCAGUGACUACUUCAGGUGAGACAUUACACUGUUUGUUAACACCAGCCAGUUGUAAAUGGCGAGAUUAAUAAAAUAAGUUACAAGGUUAAUCCUUUUUCUUAGUUCAAAUGAACA